UUGGGAUCAGCAGCCAGGAGCUCAUCAGAGUGGACUGUUUGUGGCUGUGUUCAACAUGCUGUACUUCCAGGUGGUGAUUUUGGCUGCUACAAUCAUGCUAGCUUAUUACUGUGAGUUCACCGAUACUUUCACCCCGGCACAGCAGGGCUUCAUCUGCCAGGACCUGGCUUUGUCCAAACCAGAUCCUGGUCCCGAACAGGACAGCCGCAUACAGCCUAUAAUACUGUACCCUGUGGUGGCUGGACUGCCUGUCAUAAUGAUUUCAGCCACAGAGCUGGUUCUGUUCCUCAUGAAAUACAAGACUAACAACCUUGACAACCAAGAGAAAGUUGUUGUCAUGGGUGACUGUUGUUACCUGAAUCCCCUGGUUCACAGGACCUUCCGUUUCCUUGGCGUUUAUUUCUUCGGCCUAUUUUCGACAGACAUCUUUGUUAACGCAGGUCAACUAGUCACAGGAAGUCUGGCUCCUCAUUUCCUGUCUGUCUGUCAGCCCAAUUACACUGCCCUUGGUUGUGAGGAGACAGUGUGUUUCAUCAGCCAAUCAGAUGCCUGCACUGGUGACCCAGAUGAUGUCAUGAAAGCCAGGAAGUCCUUUCCCUCCAAAGAGGCUGCAUUGAGUCUGUAUGCAGCUGUGUACCUGGGGAUGUACAUCAUGUGCCGCAUAAGCCCCAGCGCAGGUCAUCUGACCCGCCCCCUCCUCUGUCUGUCAUUGGUCAGUCUGGCUGUGUUGACAGGCAUCAACAGAGUAGCUGAAUACCGCAGCCACUGGAGUGACGUUAUAGCAGGACAAGUCACAGGGGGCACGAUAGCUGUCUUUCUGGUGGUAUUUGUGGUCCACUGCUUUAAAAGGAGUCCCCUGAUUUGCAAGACUCCUUCAAAUGUGGGUGUGGAUCCUGCUGAUGUUGCUCCACUGACAACCACUGACAACUACAUCAUCACACAGAACCCAGGGACCUUCACAGAAGUCACAUGACUAUGACCCAACAUCACCAUGACCCAGAUGAUGAAAUGGACUUUGUGUGAGCCACUCUGCUUCCAGAUGAUAACCACAUCCUGUCUCUCAUCCUGAACAAUUAUCUUCAGACAACUGUUGCAUCCCAUA